AUGUUGAUAUUUAUUUUUGUUUGUAAAAGGCAUGAAGUUACGCACCAUCGCAUUGUUUGGGAACAGUAUGAGGCAGGGAAAGAAAGGGAUGUUAUGGGAUUUUACCACUGUAGAAUGUCAUAUGGCCUGGUCUUCUCAACAAAAUCCACCAGAAACAGGUAUGAAAAAACUAUAAGUCUGAGUCUUAAUUAUUUUGCCCUCUUAUGCUCAGUUCAUUUCAGUUGACUAAUGAAAAUGUAAGUGUCCUAUAUAAUUGUCACAAAAUUAGUUGUCAUUGAAGAUGACAAAGCCUGGUUAAUAGAAGCAACAUAUUGGUAAGAGCAACUAUUAAAAAUGCUCUUUUUUCCUUAAGUAGACAUGAAAGCACAGCACAUUCAGGCACCACUGUCCAGACAGAGCAAGAUCAGCAAGAUGGGGCAGGGAAAGAGGGAGCAAAGGGAGAUUUCCUAUUUAACUACCAUCAGGCAAAGCUUACCUUUGGACUUAUCUUGUUUGAGUUUGAUGAUGCUAUUAAAGAAGGGGAUGGUGAUAGGCUCCAUGAUUUUUACAGGUUUGGCUUGCUUUUGUUCAAAGCAUAUGGCAAGAUCAAAUAUGCUUACGUAAUCUUGCUUUACUUGGCCAAAAUUAAGGCGAUAUUGUUAGAAUCAGAUGCACAUGAUCUUAAAUGGAACAGAACAUUUAACAAACGUUGCUUUCCAGGAAUGAACAUUCCACUGGACUUGCGAACUGAGCAGUACAAUCGUGAUGUAAAAUGCAUGUGGAAGGCACUUUGUACCAAUAUUGAUGAAGAUUCAGCAGCAAGAGUAGCUAAUACUGUUGAGCCAAUGGAAAACAUUUAUGAUUCAAUAAGGAUUGACUGUGGACUGCCAGAAAUCCGAGGUUACAGGUCUGGAGGAAAUCCUGUAGAUAGGAGUUCAUCCAUUUCACAAGUACAUGCCUUUAAUGUUACUGAUUCUUAUUACAGAAUGACAAGGAAACUAAACUAGAGCAACGCGGGAUGACAGAGUAGUACCCAGGCCCCUAUCUUAGAAGUUGGGUGAAUUAACAUAUUAUGCUCUAUCUCCCCCCCAAGUCUUUAAUGUUCCUGUGGAGUAGUACUGAGAAUUUUGACGAAGGGCAGUAAAGACUGAUAUGGUUGAAUAUACAGCUGUAAUCUAACACAACAACAAAAAUAAAGGAAAGUUUUAACAGUCAGUGUCACUGAUUUGCUUGAGAUGUUCAUCAGCCAAAGUUUUUAUUGUGCACUGUUCUAGGAGGCCUUUCUUGUUGUAAUCCAUCAAUCUCUGCACAGCUAAGGGCGGCCUCUUUGGUAGUGGCUGACCUGCAGGGGAAGAUGUAACAGGGGUAGUUGGGCUGGCAAUUGUAGGCAGUGGAGAAGCAGGAACAUCCGAGGAAGGCGUGACUGGUGGGGGUGGGGACGCAGCUUCGGGGGCUGGUGUUUGGUGGCUGGGGCGGUGCGGGGGUGUUUGUGCAAUAGGGCCCCCGGUGGCUGGAGCCUGUAACUGAUCACAUGGUGGGGCAGCUAGUGUGCUGGCUGGGCUUGGCAGGGAGGGUGGUGUGGUGGUAGGCUGGAACAGCGGCCUGGAGAUGUGUCAGAGGUCAUCAUCGACAGUUCGCUUGGGUGGCGGUGUCUGCACAGGGAUGUAUUGCCGCAGAAACUGGCAUCGGUGUCGAGGCUGCCAGUGGUGCUGGUGUUAUUAGUAAUCAUUUGUUUGACAGUUUUUACAGCAACUUCUGCCCUGCAGUUUGAGUGCGGAAAUGCCACAGAUGACAAGCGGUGGUACACGCCCCAGUCUGUCAGGAAUUGCCAUGUAACAGUGGCAGUGAAUUCGGGGCCACCAUCCGUCGCACAUUUGUCAGGAAUGCCGAAUGUGGUGAAUAUGCGGUGUAAACAGGAGAUCAGGCCUUGGGAGCCCUCAGUUGCGCGUUCAAUGAUGGGCCAGUUUGAGUAGCGAUCAACUACGAUGAGGUAGUGGAAGAAAUCAGCACAUAUGCACUGGAAGGGGUAUGCUGGUGGCACAGGAGGAGAUGGUGGCACGCUGGGUUGGGACUGCUAUAGUACGCAGCGCUGAUGAAGCUGAUGAUGCCAGCUGGUCGUUGAUUGCAAGGGAGCAUAAUGCGAACGGCGGCUUGUCACAGGGGAUAUGAUCCAGGAAUGAGCACUGGUAUGGAUCAGGUGGGGGUGGAGUAGGUGAAUCACUGGUGGUGGCGAUGUCAUCUGGUAGGAUCAGCAUUUCUGGGGUUUUUGGGCCAGUGGGGUGGCGGGAUAUGGCAUCAGCUGAUUUGUGCCGAAUGCCAGGGAUGUAUACCAUUCUGAAUCUAUAAUGCAGGGUCUUCUCCUUGACGUUACGGAGUCUAGCGUUUGGAAUGUCCUCGAGGGAUCGAUCACAGAGCACCUUGAGCAGGGGCUUGUGAUUGACAGCAACAGUCCAGUCACUGCAGCCAAGGAGAAAGAAUCUGGCUUUAUCAAGGGCAUUGGCAACGGUGAGGGCCUCCCCCUCAAUUGGGGAGUAGCCUGACCUUGGGUGUUCCUUGUUAGGUCCUUGCAUACACGACCUUGUUUUUGCCCGUAACUUUAGUUGCCUCAAUGUAAUCCUGCCAGCGAGUUAGAAAAUAUGACCAUUCCUCGCUGGAUCCUGCAGCAGAUGCUGUGUGUCGUCGGACCUUUACGACUUUGGUGGCUGGCAGUGCAGCGCUGGCCGGUGAAGCGGUGUGUAUGCCAGUUGAGUGGACCGAUAGCAACACGGCAGCGAGUUCAUCUUGGACGUUUUCCGUUUCGUAUGUGCAUUCAGGGAACGGCCACUGGUAUUUUGGCAUUAUUGUCUUGUGUGUGCCGGGAAGGUCCUUUGUGUUUUUUGUUGUCCUCGUUGUCGUUGUUUUGCCCGCUCCUCGUGGUGCUGUGAGUAUAGGGGAAACAAGAUGGCAGUGGAGGUGAUGCGAAGAUAUUCGUCUUUAUGGCAAUGUAGGACGCUUGUCGUUGAUUGCUUUGUCAGUGGUUGAUUCCUUAGCUCAGAGUAGCCUUGUCAUAGAUAGGAGUUCAUCCAUUUCACAAGUAUAUUUCUUUAAUGUCACUGGUUGUUGUCACAGAAUGACAAGGAAACUAAACGAGAGCAGUGCGGGAUGACAGAGUAGUACCCAGGCCCCUAUCUUAGAAGUUGGGUGAAUUAACAUAUCAUUAUGCUAUAUCCUGAAGUUGCCAUUUACCAAUUGAUCUGCGAUUUAAUGCAAAUUUCUGCAUUCAAACAUAAUCCAGGCAGGGUAGGGCACCCAUCCUUUCCUGAAUUCUCAUCUAAUUUAUUGCAGAAUCUUGAUUACCGUGAUCUACACACGUGGAUGAAUGGGCUUAUAAAGACACGGCAGCCUGUCUACAAAUUAAACAGAGUUUAA